AUGCCAGCACCAUCGCUUGCAACUUGGCGAUCAAGUGAGAAUGGGUUCUCCACUCGCUGGGGAUUCCCAAAUUGUGUCGGUGCAAUAGACGGCAAACACGUGCGCAUACAAUGCCCACCAAACACCGGGUCCAGUUAUAUUUCUUAUAAAGGUUUUUUUUCUGUUGUUUUGCUUGCUGUGGAGGACCCCAACUAUAAAUUCUUAAUAGUUGACAUCGGAAAUUAUGGGCGCCACAGCGACAGCGGCAUAUUCAAGGAAUCCAACUUUUAUCAAAGGUAUAUAAGCACAAACUUAUUACCUCCUCCUAAGCCAUUGCCGGGCAAAGCUGACGACAUGCCACAUGUAUUGGUUGGCGAUGAAGGUUUUGCUCUUCAGCCAUACAUGAUGCGCCCAUAUCCGAAAGCAAAUUCAGUAAACGAUGCCAAAAAAACUAAAUUCAACACCCAGCUAAGCCGGGCACGGCGCAUCGUUGAAAAUGCUUUCGGCAUCCUAUCAAGAAAGUGGCGCAUCUUUCUGCGCGCCAUCGAGUGCAACCCACAAAAUGUGGACAUAAUCGUCCAAGCUGCGUGCUGUUUGCACAAUUUCCUUUUAAAUAAAGGAAAUAGUGAGCAACACCUUUACGAAAGUUCCGUCGAGGAUGAAACAAUACCAAAUGCAGAGAGUGCCUUGGCGCCGAUGAAUGCCACAAAUCAGCGUUCAAGUAUUGCUGCCCAAGAAAUACGCAAUCUGUUUUCGGAUUACUUUUCCGAAAGAGACGGACAAGUACCUGAGCAGUGAAAGGAUCUCAAUAAACAUUUGCAUUUGCAUAAAAUUCAUAACAAAGCCAACACUUCACUUUCAAUGCUACUU